AUGGUUGUUUCGCUGCUGCGUUGGUACAAUGCCAGGUUGGCUGCCCGUCCCCUCCUCACACAGAGCGUCACCACUGCGGUACUCUUCGCGGCUGGAGACAUUACCGCGCAGCAGCUGGUCGAAAGCAAGGGUCUCAAGCGCCACGACUUGACCCGGACCGGCCGCAUGGCCUUGUACGGAGGAUGCUUCUUCGGCCCGGUCGCCACGACAUGGUUCCGAUUCCUGGCCCGCAACGUCACGUUCAGACACCCACGGGUAGAGACGCUCGCCCGUGUUGCCUGCGACCAGGCCUUGUUUGCCCCCGUCAUGAUUGGUGCCUUCCUCGGCAGCAUGGCCACCAUGGAGGGAGCGAGCGCAAAGGAGCGUCUGGAGACGACGUGGUGGUCCGCCCUCAAGACAAACUGGCUGGUGUGGCCCUUUGUUCAGACCAUCAACUUUACCUUUCUGCCGCUUCAGCACCGCGUCUUGUUUGCCAACGUUGUCUCCAUCGGAUGGAACAGCUACCUCAGCUGGGUCAACAGCCAGUCCAAAGGCCACAGCCAGUAG